AUGGGUGUUCCUUUCGAAGCUCUCCUUCCAUAUGGAAUCAUGCUUGCCAUGUUCGGUAUUACUGGUGCUGGAAUGUCUGGAGUUAGAGCUUUGCAAAAUGGUGGAAAGAGAGCCAGACAUUCUGUAGAUGCCUGGGACAGAGUGACUCUAUCCUCGGAACUCUACGCUAUUAUGUAUAAGGCUGACUACGGUGUAGUGAUGGACCGCGAUAGAAGGUUGACUGGAUUCCUUCGAGGGCAAACCGACAACCCAAGUGCUCCUCUGGGAUUCGAGUUGAAUAACCCAUGGAGACUCGAGAAGAGAUUCAUCUAG